AUGAAUAAAGAAGAUAUGGCCAUCUUGACCACCAGGUUAGAAAGCAUAGUGAACACACUGAAUAAGAUUCAAGAGGAACAAGAUCAAUUUGAAGAGAGGGUAGCGACUGACUUGGGUUACUUAAAAAAUAAAUUACCCCGGAUGGAUUUGAAAGUCAACAAACUACAAGGGACCCCGGAUCAAGAAGGAAAGUCCCCAGAAAUUCCUACGAACACCCGAGAGGAAUUAACGGCUAUCCUGGACCAAUUUAACAUCCAAGUGGACAAUCCUGUGGCCAUUCUGAAUCAGGACACCAGCCGUAACUUUCUCAACUCAAAAUCACCACAAGACAGAUACAAGACCGGCAAACCAUUAUAUCAUGAACCUGUCUACAUCACUGAGAACAGGAAUGGAGACAUUGUUGUGUCUGAUAUAGGAAAGGGUGUGGUGGUCACAGACCGUGACGGAAAAUAUCGUUUCACUUACACAGGACCACCAGAAGGAUUGUCAUUAUUUAUGCCUUGUGGAGCCUGUGUAGAUGCAUUCUUAAAUAUCCUGAUUUGUGGUCGACUAGACCAAACACUACAAAUGAUUAUCAGGGACGGUCUCCUACUGUCAAAUCUACCAACAAGACAAGAUGGAAUGGUUUAG